AUGGAACCGGAGCCGACCCUUGCCUCUCUCCUCGAGGCUAUCCAAACCCUCACCAGCCAAGUUGGGUCCUUGCAGGCCCAAAUCCACACUCAAGGCCAACAGCUCUCUGAGCUCAAAGCCAUAUGCAAAGAGACCAACAACCUCGUUGGAGACAAGGACCAGGGCGGAGCUCAAGCCAAGCCUGGCCCAUCGACUGGGCCUAUCACUCCCCCCACUCAUACAGGGGGAGAAGCGCACACUCCAGGAACGGUUAGGCCUGGACUCAAGGCCCCCUUCCGCCCUUCAAGAGGCACAGGCUUUGACUCCAAGGAAGAAGAGGAGCCAAGAAGAGCCCCCAAAAAGGAGCCUAUGGGAAUGCCUAAACACUCCCUCAGUUCCCUCACCCCCUUCGAUUCCGGGUCCUCAGUGAAACGACCCAAAAUGGAGUUACCAGACCCUUACAAGGGAGAUACCAGGGGAAGGAAGGCCACACAGGAUCAGUUUGAUGAGGAGGAACAGAUGGUGGUAUGGAUUUUAUACCACAUGACAGAUAAGGCCGCCGACUGGGCCCUCCCCAUCAUCGGAACCAUCAUCAAGGGCGAGGGAAAUCCCCCAACCACCAUCCCGGCCUUAACGGCCAAGUUUAAAGAAGCCUUUGCCGAUCCAGAUGCGAAGAGGGCGGCCGCCAGGAAGAUUGCUGCGUUGACUCAGACCACCACCACGUCUGAGUACGUCACAGAAUUCCGCAAUCUCAUGGCGGAACUUGACUGGAACACUGAGGCGUACAUUGCCCAGUUUACACGCGGUCUUCACUGGAAGGUGAAAGAACUCCUGUCCACCAAGGACAACAUUCCCGACGAUGACCUGGAGGCCAUAUUCGCCGCCUCAGUCAAGAUUGACAACACUCGCCGGGAGAACGAGGAAAACCGUCCCAAGAAGGCUCCCGCCAAGGCUCCGGUCGCCACAACCACCUCUACCUCCACCACCACUACCCGGGUCCGCCUAUCCAAGGACCCCAAUUAUGUCACUCCAGAGGAACAGGACCGCCGCCGCGCGUCUGGCCUCUGCGUCAAGUGCGGCCAAAAGGGGCACGGGAUUAAACAGUGUCCCAACGGCUGGAAGGCAACCAUCAAAGAAGUGGCCAAGGUUGCAGAGGACGAGUCGGGAAAAGAGUAG